GGAGAGAGAGAGAGAGAGAGAGAGAGAGAGAGAGAGAGAGAGUCGUGAUUCAAGUGAAGACAGCAGUUGGCAAUAAUAAGACUACAAAUUACUAUCUCUACUUUCUGAUUUUUGCUCCUUCACUCACAUCCACAGCACAUCGCUUCUCCGAUCCAAAAAAGUUGCGAAGAUGAACGACGCAGAUGUAUCGAAGCAGAUCCAGCAGAUGGUCAGAUUCAUCCGCCAGGAAGCCGAAGAAAAAGCUAAUGAGAUUUCCGUCUCCGCCGAAGAAGAAUUCAACAUCGAGAAGUUGCAGCUAGUGGAACUGGAGAAGAAGAAGAUCAGACAGGAAUAUGAGCGUAAAGAGAAACAAGUCGAUGUUCGCAAGAAAAUUGAGUACUCCAUGCAACUCAAUGCUUCUCGAAUCAAGGUUCUUCAAGCUCAGGAUGACUUGGUCAACUCCAUGAAGGAGGCAGCAUCAAAGGAGCUUUUAAACGUCAGCCAGAACCACCAUAUUUAUGAGAAGCUUCUGCAGGAUCUUAUUGUUCAGAGUUUGCUCAGACUUAAAGAGCCUUGCGUCCUACUACGUUGUCGGGAAGAUGAUGUUUCCUUGGUGGAAGGGGUCUUGGAUGCAGCAAAAGAGGAGUAUGCAGAGAAGGCCCAGGUUCACUCACCGGAGGUCAUAAUUGACCAAAUCUACCUUCCAUCUGCUCCAUCACAUCACAAUGCUCAUGGCUCCUCUUGCUAUGGAGGAGUAGUUUUGGCUUCUCGAGAUGGGAAAAUUGUAUGUGAAAAUACAGUUGAUGCCAGAUUGGAAGUUGUGUUCCGUAAGAAACUACCAGAGAUUCGCAAGUGUCUAUUCGGUCAGAUUGCUGCCUAAUGCGUUUGAAACAUUGGUGUAUUGAUCGCCUUUCGCUCGCUGCUCUUGCGAUUCUGAAAUUGGUGCCUGAAUGGAUAAAUUAUUAUGGUUUUGCUUGUAUACUAUUUCCCUCUCUCUGAAAGACUGGCUAUCCUUUUUGCUUAUCGUAUAAGAAUAUCGCGAUAUACUCGUGUUAAGUGAUAUUUCUUCAACAUUUUAGCAGUAAUUUUACGCUUUAUUUUUUCCGUUUUAAUGUUCAAUAAUAAGGUGUAAGUUGCUGGAACCCUGAGUUUGCUGGGUCGAGACAAUUAAAAUUAUUCUGAGUAAUGGCUCUCUCCAUACUCUUA